AUGGGGGCACCGGCUGGUGAGAAGCCCGGUGCCGUGAAGACUCAUCUGCGCAACAUGAUCAUCAUGCCAGAGAUGGUAGGCAGCCAGAUCGCAGUGUACAAUGGGAAAACCUUCAACCAGAUUGAGAUCAAGCCCGAGAUGAUUGGGCACCACCUCGCCGAGUUCUCCAUCAGCUACAAGCCCGUCAAGCACGGGAGGCCCGGCAUUGGCGCCACCCACUCCUCGAGGUUCAUUCCCCUCAAGUGA